AUGGAUAUGAACGAAGCCAGCCAUCGAAUGGCAGCUCGGGCGGGGCAGCCGCUGGGCGACGCUAAUCCGCCGCUAAGGCAGGGGCGGGCGAGUCAGAUUCGCCCGUGGGAAAUGAGCUCCACGAUGCAACGCAAUCCAACGGCCUGCUACUCCGUCCUGCACAUCACCACUGAUCGAUCGUGGCAGGAGGAUGCCCUGAGUGAGACAAUCGGCGACAUUCCUCUCUCCAGUCCUCAGCACGGAGGACGCCGUGGUGGCGCGCCAGACGUGGGGUUGCCCAGAACAAGCAUGGUCGCCAUGUGCAUUCAACAACACCAGGAUUCCAGGAAUGCCCGCCGUCCUCAGGGGACAGAAGACAACUCUAUGGGAAGUACUAUGAGAAGUAACUGCCGGUCAGCAGAAAUAUCCUCAAACAGAACAGAAAGGCGCCUUUCGAUGUUACGUUCGAGACCCAACGAGCUUAAUUUUCCUGGAGACAAACGAAACAAGAAGAAUUCCGCCACCAAAAUGCGCUCUUCGAUCCUUUUGGGCGCCUUGUGCGCCAUGGGCGCCAUUGCCUCUCCUAUCGAAAAGCGCGUCUACACCACUGAGGUCAUCGUCAUCACCGUGACCGAGACGAUCACUCCAUGGUUAACUCAGUCGACGCCUUCCGCUACCGCUGCCACUACUGCGGCCGUGACUCCAUCGCCCGAGAUUGACGUCGCUGAGAAGUACCGUCACAGUUCCGAGUCUUCGUCCACGACCGUCGUUACGCCGUCCUCUCCUUCUCCAGUCGUCACGACUUCGGCUCCCGCGACCACCAGCUCUACCUCUUCAUCUGUCCAGGUGUCCACGGCGUCUUCUGCGGCGCCUAGCCCAAGUGCUGCCAACAGCUACCAGGAGACCAUCUUGCAGAACCACAACAUCCACCGUGCCAACCACUCUGCUCCUGCUCUCGUUUGGGACAGCGGCCUCGAGGCCAGCGCUCAACAGCUUGCCAACGGCUGUGUCUAUGAACACAACACCGAAAUCAACGGGGGUGGAUAUGGCCAGAACAUCGGCUACGGUAUCCCCGCCGACAACAUCGGGGCCAUGAUCACCAACCUGAUGUACAAUGACGAGUUCGGCUACUUCGAGAACCUGUACGGUCAAGCCAACCCCGAUAUGUCUGAGUUCGACCACUGGGGUCACUUCUCUCAGAUCGUGUGGAAGGGCACCACUCAUGUUGGCUGUGCCACCGUCGUUUGCUCUAAUCUUGGGAACGUGGACUCCAGCGAACCCCUCCCGUUCACUGUUUGCAACUACAGCCCGCCUGGCAACUACGCUGGUGAAUAUGCCGACAACGUUCUGCCCCCUCUGGGCCAGCCUUACUACUCCGUGCCCGAAUAA